AUGAAGUUAAUCAAAGAAAAUGCGCUCAAUUUCUUAACUUUGCUCUUCCUCUUUAUUUUGCAAGUCUGCGAGGUCAAGGGUGGCGACUGUGAUGGCACGUAUAUUUCUUUAACCAAUGAUAAUAAUGAAUGGAAAACUGAGAAAGAUGGAACGCCGGCACUUAGAUAUAAUAUAAAUCGACGAAUAGUUUUAGGCAAUGGUGAUCCAAAUGACUAUUAUACAUUCGUGAAAGCCAUCACACUAGCCAGACCUGGCACGAAUAACGUCGUUCAGAAUAUUUAUUACAGGGAUGACGAACCUGCACGAGACAACUUUGAUCAAGCUCAGAAAUGUAAAGAUCAAAAUCUUCCACCCUCAAAUUACGGUGCCUGUUGGGUAUAUAAUAAUUGGGUUACUGAUAUUGAUCGAAGCUUGAUUCCCGGCGAUUAUGAAUUGUGGGUGCAUGUGUACUAUAGUCCGGCAGACUGUAGUAACGUUUCAUUAUUUUCAGCAGCUUUUUGUAAAGUUCUUUUCACACAUAAACGUAACGCUAUGUCAGAAAUUUGUUACACCCAUCCUUUUAUCACUGCUGCUGGAAAUGAGUCGCAUACAUUAAUGAAAGAAAUUCGAGAAUAG